AUGGGAGGAUGUCUUUUUAGAGAUAAAGAAUAAGAAGAAUUAACUACUUAACCUUUAUAAACAUAAUUUACAGAUGAAUUAAUUAUUGAUGAACUUGAAGACAUUAGAGAUGUUGUUAAAUUAAAAAAUAGUGAGAUCUUUUAAAUAACUUUACUUAAUCAAAAAUGUCUUGUACUCAGAAAACAUCAUGAAAAACAUAUUAAUUUAAGAGUUAUAGAAAUAGUAGGGAAUAGAAAUAUGAUGUAUUUAGAAAUUCACAAAUAAUUAUAGUAUGCUUUCAUGUAAUUAAGGCAAUGUCAAAAUUUUUUUAUUGGAGCUAUUACCAUGAAGGAUAAAUGCUAUUUAGUUCUGAAAAUCAUGCAAGGUUUAGCAGCAUAAGUUUCUGUUUAAGAAAUGCAAUGUAAAAAAAAAUUAUUGUCCAGGUUUGGGCAUUUAAGAAAAUUUAUCAGUUGUCAUCAAAAAACGAUUUGAUGAGAGAUUCAUAUGCGUUGGAGUUAUAUACAUAGAAGACAUGGUCAUAUUAGUUUUUAGACAGAUAUUUCUUAAAAUCAAAUGUCCUGUUCUUUAGAAGUACACAUCACCUAGCAAUGAUACCCUAUGCAUAAUUUAGUAUGAAGGGUAAAUCUAUGAAUUGAAAAAAAUAAUAUGA